UAGAGAAAGCACUAUUACUUGUUUGAACCUCCAAGAAAACGUCCCUCACAAAUCAUGGCAAAACCUCAUGUUCUAGUCAUACCUUAUCCCGCACAAGGCCAUGUCAUCCCUAUAAUGGAGCUUGCUCAACGCUUAGUCAACCAUGAUGUCAAAGUUACAGUUGUAAACACAGAGGUCACUCACACGUUGGUAACAAGCAAUGCAUUUGAAAAUGAUGGUUUUAGUGAUCUAUUGCAGUUGGUUUCAAUCCCCGAUGGAUUACAAUCAUCGGCGGACAGGACUGACCUUUGUAAGUUGACCAGAUCAAUACUAGAAACUAUGCCUGGCAAAUUGGAAGAACUUAUAGAGAAAAUUAACAAAGAAGACAGCAAUAAAGUUACCUGUAUUAUUGUUGAUGAUUGCAUGGGAUGGGCCAUAAAAGUCGCAAAGAAGAUGGGAAUAAGAAGAGCAGCUUUCUGCCCAGCAUCGGUUACUACGCUAACUUCCAUGUUGAGCUGUCCGAAUUUGAUUGCUGAUGGAAUCAUUAACAACAACGGCAUACCUCUUAAUCAGCAGAUGAUUAAGCUAUCAGAAACCAUGCCGCUUAUAAAACCAACGAACCUCUGGUGGACGCGCUUUGAGGACUUGCCGACUGUAGAAGCUUUUUUUCAAGUUGUAAAAGAAGCUCCUGAAGCCUACAGAUUGACGGAAUGGCAUCUAUGCAGAUCAACUAUUGAGCUGGAGUCUGGAGCACUUAACCUCUUCCCCCAGCUAUUACCAAUUGGCCCUUUGCUGGCAAGCAACCGACGAGCUGACCAAGUAGGUCACUUCUGGCAAGAAGACUCCACCUGUUUAGCAUGGCUCGACCAACAGCCACCAUGUUCGGUCAUUUACGUAGCAUUUGGGAGCUUCACCAUUUUCAAUCAAACACAGUUUGAAGAAUUGGCACUUGCUCUUGAACUUAGCGACAGACCAUUCUUGUGGGUUGUGCGACAAGGCAUGACAAAGGAGACUACAGCUGCUUUCCCAGAUGGGUUUGUGGAAAGAGUAGGUUCUCGUGGAAGAAUACUGAGUUGGGCACCUCAACAGAAAGUGUUAGCUCAUCCUUCUGUGGCUUGUUUUGUGAGUCAUUGUGGUUGGAAUUCUACUUUAGAGGGUGUUACAAAUGGACUCCCUUUCUUGUGUUGGCCAUACUUUGCUGAUCAGUUUCAAAAUGAAAUUUACAUUUGUGACAUCUGGAAGAUUGGGCUUGGGUUUGAAAAAGAUGAAGCUGGUAUCAUCCGAAGAGGGGAAAUAAAAGGUAAGGUAGAGCAGCUGCUCGGAGACAAUACAUUCAGAACUAAAGCGACGGAUAUCAAAGAGAAGGUAACAAGCAGUAUUAGAGAAGGCGGAUGCUCACACAAAAAUCUUAGCAAUUUUAUUGAGUGGAUAAAAGAGAAAGAUAUAAGCUGCCAAGAAUCAAAUUAACACUGUGCUAUUGUAUGAACAAGACGUACCCUUUCAUUUGUUUCCAUAUGU